AUGCCUACCACCACAACAAUUGCAGGAUGGGCUGCCAUCCUCGCUGUCGGAGGAGCAUACUACUGGGUUAAUGGCCAGCGAAAGCAAAAAAACCUACGCUCUGCCAACACUAAGCAGUCAAGCAAAGCCACUGAGCCACGAAAGGACACAAAGGCGAAGAAGUCGAAAAAGGAUGGUGGUCUAAGUAGUGGCGACCAAGAUGUAAAGCAGGACAAGAAGAAGAAGGCCAAACAACCUGCAAAGCCAGCUGUUGAGGAACCUAUUGUAGCCAGCUCACUUUCGAAGACUGUCGACCGGGAUGAGAAGAGGGAUGACUUGGAGUUUGCCCGCCAACUUUCGAAUGCAAAGAAAGGUGUUGUUGACACGCCAAAGUCGCAAACAGCCUCUCGCCAGAAGUCCGUCAAACAGACCCGGGCCCAGGAGAAACCAGUCGUCGAUGUCUCUGAGGAUGGCACCGCACCAUCUUCUACCACAGGAGGCGAUGCUGAUGAUGAUCAAUCACCCAUCAAUUCCCCUGAGCUUGCUGCCACUACUGCCACCAAUGGUGAUGUUUCGGACAUGCUAGAGAAGCCAUCCGCUGGUCCCUCGGUUUUGAGAGUCACUGCACCCACCAACCCUGCGCCAGCAAAGAAGGCGAAGCAGCAAAACUUCGAGGUACAAGAGACCAAGAAGCAAAAGCAGAAUCGAAAGAAGGCUGAGGAGGCAAAGGCGAUCCGAGAGGCCGAGGAGAAGGAGCGUAAGGUGAAGCUAGAAGCCCACCGACGGAGUGUCAGGGAGGCGGAGGGCCGAGCUGCAAAGGAUGGUUCGGUUUUCAUGGCUUCUCAGGCUCCACCAACAUCGAAGUGGACUGCAGCCCCUGCUGUUCAAGCCACAAAUGACAGUGCUACGCCAGCCAGCAAGAAAUUGGAGCUGCUCGACACCUACGAACCAUCCAGCGGACAUGUUGACACGAAGCCCGUGGAGCAAAUUAAGUCUGAGAGCAAACUUGCAGAAGAGCUUGCCAACAUCCCCGAGGAUGAGCAGUUGAGGAUUGCUAAGGAGGAGUCGAACAACUGGGAAGAGGUUAAGUCGAGCUACAACCGUAAGAAGAAGACUCGCAAGGAGGCCUCGGACGAGAACAAGGAGUCCAAGGAGGAUAAGACCAGUAGUUCCAAUGACGACUCGAACGACUUUGGUGUUCCUCCUGUCAUUGCUCCUACCGGACCAGGAAAGAAAUGGCAAAUGACCACUGUCCAUGUCGAGCCAAACGGAAAGGUUGUUGAGCGUGAGCAGGAGGUUCAAGAUUCAGAAUGGGAAGUCGCGUAA